AAAAUUUGUCCGCGCGGAUCUGCGCUCGUUUCUACGUUAGACUGAUAAAUGAGGCCCAUUGAGCUUUUUUUUCCCCGUCAGUUAGUUUCGUUUUUCUGUACGGGGUGUGUUCGUGAGAAGAAGCAGAUUGUUUCCCGGGGAAGGAAACCCAUGUAACAGUGUGUGAGGCAGAUACAGGGCAAAGAAAAAACAGCUCUGCGUGACUGUCGCCCACUAAAAUAAUAAUAAUAAAUAUAUCUAAAAAGAACCUGUCUCUCUCUGAGCGGAAUUUAAUAAAGUAAAUUAAAGGACUAAAACACGAGAUCUACGGCAUCAGUAUCCACAGCACUUCACUUUGAACAAGUAACAGAGCGUAAUUUGCAGUCUUCUGCCAUGGCAACAAAUAAUGGUUACCCAAUUGACCUCCAACCACAGAAAAAUGCAAUGGGACCAGCUAUACCAGGCCAAGGUCAAGUGCCUGUAAUGCCAGUUCCACAAAGACCCGCUGGCUGCCCACCAGGACUGGAGUACCUGACCCAGAUUGAUCAACUUCUUAUACAGCAGAAAGUUGAGCUGGCUGAAGUUAUAUUGGGCUGGGAGACCAAUAAUAAGUACAUGGUGAAGAACAGCAUGGGGCAACAGGUGUUCUUUGUGGCUGAAGAAAACGACUGCUGUAAUAGACAGUGCUGUGGACCACUGCGCUCAUUUGUCCUCCAUGUUCAGGAUAACAUGGGACAGGAAGUGAUGACACUCACUCGUCCUUUGAAGUGUGGAAGCUGCUGUUGUCCCUGUUGCCUGCAAGAGCUUGAAAUUCAGUCUCCACCGGGGAACCCGAUUGGAUAUGUGAUCCAGAAUUGGCAUCCUUUCCUUCCUAAGUAUACCAUACAAAAUGAGAAGAAAGAAGCAGUUCUGAAGAUCGUAGGGCCGUUCUGUUCAUGCAGAUGUUGCGCUGAUGUGAACUUUGAUGUUUUGUCCAUGGAUGAAUCAACAAAGGUGGGCAGAAUCUCUAAACAAUGGACAGGUCUGGUGAGAGAAGCUUUCACCGAUGCAGACAAUUUUGGAAUCUCCUUUCCUAUGGAUCUGGACGUGAAGAUCAAAGCUGCUCUUUUUGGAGCAUGUUUUCUCAUAGACUUCAUGUUCUUUGAACACAAUAAAUAAAUUUAUUUUCUGGAUGUCAUUAUUUCAGGUUGAAUUUUGAACUUCUUACUCUGAAUAUGUGAACCAUGGAUACAAAUGUGGACCACUCAGCUAAAAAAUAUAUUACACAUAUUACUAUGUGCAUUAAAUUAUAGAGUUUAUUCAUUCACUACUGUUCAUGAGCCACCACUAGGUGACAGCAAUUCCCUUCACAAUAAUCCGUAUCAACAAAGUACCUGCUCUAAAUGUAUUGCCAAAUAAAUAAAUAAAUAACUACAAACUAUUAAAGAUAACUUUUUUAUAUACAUACAGUCUAAACAGUCUUGUUGCAAGCAAAAUGUUGAUUGCUUAAUUUUGCUCCAUAUUUGUUUUUGUUUGAUUAUUAUAAAUGGUAGAAUAAAGUGUUAUAUAUCAACAUCUA